CAGAUUUCGAUGCUCGGACGUCCAGGAGUUAAACAGCAGCAGGUGAAAUGGAAACCGAUCAGAAGAGUUGUGAUCACAUGGCAGAAAGUCAGAGUCAGACAUUCAACAGGAUCAACAAGCCAAUGAGAGAAGACAGAAAAAUGAUGCAGCCAGAAGGAACAAAGAAUGUGACAGACAUGAUUUACACCAUCGAGGACGUUCCACCUUGGUACCUGUGCAUUUUACUGGGACUCCAGCAUUACCUGACAUGUUUCAGCGGCACAGUGGCAGUUCCGUUUCUCCUGGCAGAGGCCAUGUGUGUCGGUAAAGACCAGAACACCAUCAGUCAGCUGAUUGGAACCAUUUUCACCACAGUCGGAAUCACGACCCUGAUCCAGACCACAAUGGGAGUUAGACUUCCUCUGUUUCAGGCCAGUGCGUUUGCUUUCCUGAUUCCUGCUCAGGGGAUCCUCAGUCUGGAUCGCUGGAAGUGUCCCAGUGAUGAGGAGAUUUAUGGGAACUGGAGCCUUCCACUGAAAACUGAACACAUUUGGCAACCGCGCAUUAGAGAGAUCCAGGGGGCGAUCAUCGUGUCCAGUGUACUGGAGCUUGUCAUUGGUCUCUGUGGGUUGCCGGGCUUACUGCUGGAAUUCAUUGGUCCUCUCACCAUCACACCAACUGUCUCACUGAUCGGCCUGUCCGUCUUUACCACAGCUGGAGACAGAGCUGGUUCUCACUGGGGCCUGUCAGCGCUGUGCAUUUUGCUCAUCGUGUUGUUUGCUCAGUACUUGAGAACGACAUCACUUCCUGUUCCUGUUUACAGCCGUAAGAAAGGUCUCACAUCAACGCGAGUCCAGAUCUUCAAGAUGUUUCCUAUUAUUCUCGCCAUCAUGUUGGUCUGGCUCGUCUGUUACAUUCUCACUCUGACCGACCUGUUACCAAGUGAUCCUGAUCAGUACGGACACAAAGCUCGGACAGACGCCCGUGGAAACAUCAUGACCUCAUCCCCCUGGUUCCGGGUACCCUAUCCCUGUCAGUGGGGGUUGCCAGUGGUUACGGUAGCCGGAGUGUUGGGAAUGCUAAGUGCGACGCUGGCAGGAAUCGUGGAGUCCAUUGGAGAUUAUUAUGCCUGUGCUCGUCUCUCUGGAGCCUCACCUCCUCCAGUCCAUGCCAUCAACAGGGGAAUCUUCAUUGAGGGACUUUCUUGUAUCAUUGCUGGUUUGUUGGGAACAGGAAAUGGCUCCACUUCCUCAAGUCCAAAUAUAGGCGUUCUAGGCAUCACCAAGGUGGGCAGCAGGCGGGUGGUGCAGUAUGGAGCCGGCAUUAUGUUGCUGUUGGGAUCUGUCGGGAAGUUCACGGCUCUGUUUGCGUCACUGCCAGAUCCGAUUCUUGGAGGGAUGUUCUGCACACUGUUCGGUAUGAUCACAGCUGUUGGUCUGUCAAACCUGCAGCUGGUGGAUUUAAACUCGUCCAGAAAUCUGUUUGUUCUCGGAUUCUCAAUGUUCUUUGGCUUGAUGCUGCCGACUUACCUGGAAGCACACCCCAAGGCCAUCCACACAGGUCUUGCAGAGCUUGAUCAGAUUCUGACGGUUCUUUUGUCCACUGAGAUGUUCGUUGGAGGUUUUUUGGCUUUUUGUCUCGACAACACAAUACCUGGUUCCAGACAGGAGCGAGGUUUAGUUGAAUGGAGAUCUUCCUCUUUCUCUUCCUGCUCUUCUUAUGAUCUUCCUCUGGGGAUGGGGGUCAUCAGGAGGAUUCAGUGGCUCAGGCGAUUUCCCAUCAGCCCCUCCUUCAAAGGUUUCAGGACGUCUGAUGAUCCAUCGAUACCUGAGGAGGAGGAAGAGCGAGGAAGAAUCGGAGAGGAAGCAGCUGACGUCCACCUGUCCAGCACCAAGGUGUGACUGUGUUGUCAUCAAUCACACCUACCAGUUGGAAAGGAAGUACA